CCCCUUUCAACAGCCGACAAGCAGAUUGACUGUGACGCUCACAUGCCCUCCAAGCGGCACCACCGCCCGCUGGACGUCUUCGGCGGCGCCGCCGCUGGUGCCGAUGGUGGUGGGGGUGGUGGCGGUGGCCGUGGCGGUGGCGGUGAUGGUGGUGGCGCGGAGGUGCCUGGCCCCGUGGUGGGCUCCAGACUGAGCCACCUGGCCAAGGAGACGCUGCGCCUGAGUGACGUACGUGGAGUGGCGCGACGUGCCUGCCGGCGAGUUUGAGGUGCCGCCCGGCGCCAUCUACGGCGUCGACGUACGGCUUGCCAAUGUCGACGACGGGCAGUGGUGGCGCGGCAUGCUGUUCAAGGAGGUGCGCUGCUGAAGGCCGAGGCCGAGGCCGAGGCCGAGGCCGGUGGAGGGGACGGCACGCGGCGGAGCGUGGCGGAGGCGGAGGUGCGGGCCGAGGCGGAGGCGGGGGAGCGGGCCAAGACGGGCCCGGGAGUGGGCCCGGAGUUGGGGCCGGGGGUGGGGCCGGAGGCGGAAGAGGCGUGGGGCGAGGAGGCAGCGGGUGGGACGGCGCACAGGAUGCGCGCCGAUGGGCGGCGCACUGCUGCCGCGGCGCUGCGGACCAAGGCUGGGGAGACGUGCGUGGUGAUGUGAAACUCGGAGUGGGCUUGUGCUGCGGAGGCUGCUGGUACGUAAACGGAUGUGUGUAGUGGUGUGGGUGCACGAUGCCAUCUGGCUAUCUCUGGGGCACGCCGUUAGUGAGUGCAGAGUGCAGACAAUUCAGGCGCCGUCGGAUUGGCUGAUACUGUAUGGCCAGCAGUAGGUAUUGGGUGGCAUUUGCAAAGGACUAAAAGACA